UAUAUGUCACAAUCAUCCGAACAAAGCGUUUAUCAAUCAUUCAAUCACAAUCCUCCCUCGACAGUUUCUCCUCAAGCACCGCCCAUCAACCUCUUAAUUUCAAUAUAUUCCGAUCAUCCCUCCCUUUUAUAAAAUUCUACCUAAAAAUCAUGGAGGCUCUAAGAGUACAAUUAUUAGCUGAAAAAACUGAAACCUCAGUACCAUCUCAAUACAUACAACCACCACAAAACAGACCCCAAAUACAAAAUUCUAACCCUAACAUUAAGGCAGCAAUACCGUUAAUCGAUCUCGGUUCACGAAGUUCGAACCUUCUAGAUGAACUGAAGAAUGCGUGUAAAGAAUGGGGAGCAUUUCAAGUGAUAAAUCAUAAGGUACCGAUUGGUUUGUUGGAUGAUAUGAGGCGCGUUGGUCGCACUUUCUUUGAAGAGCGUACCAUGGAAGAUAAACUUAGGUAUGCUUGCGAUUCUGCUUCUCCUGCUUCUGAAGGAUAUGGCAGUCGCAUGCUCGUAGCAUCAAAUGACACAGUUUUGGACUGGAGAGAUUAUUUCGAUCACCAUACCUUGCCAUUAUCUCGUCGCGAUCCUUCUCAUUGGCCCGACUCUCCUGCCGAUUACAGAAAAAUUGUGGCAGAAUAUAGCGAUCACAUGAAAGCCCUUGCACAGGAACUUCUUGGUUUUAUCUCUGAGAGUCUAGGCUUGACAUGUCAGUGCAUAGAAAAUGUUGUUGGGGAGUUUUACCAAAAUAUCACUAUUAGUUACUAUCCACCCUGCCCUCAACCGGAGCUUACUCUUGGACUGCAAUCACAUUCUGACAUGGGUGCCAUUACUCUUCUCAUCCAAGAUGAUGUAGAAGGUCUUGAGGUUUUCAAUAAUGGAGAAUGGGUUACUGUAAAUCCAAUGUCAAAUGCUAUCUGUGUGAUCUUAGCAGACCAAACUGAGGUCAUAACUAAUGGCGAGUACAGAAGUGCUCAGCAUCGAGCAGUGACGAAUGCUGGCAGAGCCCGGCUUUCAGUUGCCACUUUCCAUGACCCUGCAAAAACAAGGCAAACCUCUCCAGCCUUCCAUCCGCCUAAAUAUCGCCCGGUGAUUUAUGGUGACUAUGUCUCAUCAUGGUACACGAAAGGGCCAGAAGGGAAGCGGAACCUUGACGCACUUUUAAUUUAAUUGCUAACUGUGUUAGUCUUCUUUGCAUUUGUUCAUUCAAUAUAGGAAGGGUGUAAUUACUUUGUUUUACUUGGACAAAGGUAUAUGGGGCUGUUGAUCAGAAUGGCAAUCUAUUGUCAUAA